AUGCCACCUUUACAACAACAGACUCAAAAGGAGAAGCGCCAAGGUCGUCGAACAAAUCCAUAUCGACGACCGCCGAGGCUGACUAUGGUCGGAUCGGCUACCAAUGCUACUUUCGAGUUAAUGGGUUCACAAUACGAAUGGGCUCAAGCUCAACAAAUUCAUUCAAAUACCGUUGAAAAUGAGUGGCAAAAUGCUACUUCGAGCGAAAAUGGGGACAACACAAAUGAUUAUGACGAUAAUGGGCAGCCAUCUUUUAAGCAAGUGAACGAAACCAGCGAGUUGGCGAUAAUGGUUGUUAAUUCGGAUCAGAAUAGAAAGAAAGCGGACAGAAAACCUAAACGUGGAGCUGGCAUUAUUAUGGAACAAGAAGGAAACGAAAAUAAACGUCGCAAGAUUACUCACGAUAACGAUUAUAAUAAUACAAAUCUCAUGAUAAAUGGCAACGAGACAACCGAAGUUGCACCUAUGAAUAGUAUUGAUAUGGAGACUAUUGGCAUUGAGUCCUUCAAUGCGAACAAUGUGAAUACGACGACAACUACGUUGACAACAGUGACACCUACAACGGAAUCAAAUCCGACAGUUACUAAUACUAAAGUAGCUCGUAAUAAAGCCCGAGGUUCGAAUUCUCGCUCACGCGGCAAUAAGUCAAGAACGCGAAAAGUUUCUUCAAAUACGAUACGACAAAAUCCGACGUCUACUCGAAAAUCUCGUGGUAAACGUGGUCGCCCCAACGUUGCGAUAUCAGGAGCAAGUCGAAGCGACAACAUUCGUAGUAGUGAUCAAGGUGAACAACAUGAAUUGACAUCAAGUGUAUCUCAACUUUCUGUUGCUCCGGUUCCUGAUGUGGCCGAACCCGAGCCGAGAUCAACGAUAGUAUUGCGAAGAUUUCUUGAGUCACUUUGUGCAAGCGAGCAGGUGUUGAACCGCGAACGAUUGCUCCGUCUAGGGACCUACUUGCUUGAUUAUUUUGUUUCUCAGGCGUGGUGUCGUCCUUUUGUUAAUCCUGAAGACGAAUCGGCAUUCUUCUAUCGCUCGGUCAUUUCACGCUUGAUGGAUUUGACAACGGUCGAACAUAAUCUCUGGUCAGGAGAAUAUGAUGGUGCAAUUUCGAAAUUCUACGAUGAUAUAGCCCAGAUUAUGUAUAAUGCCUUCAAAUUCCAUCCUGAGGGAACCAUAAUAUUCAACGAAGCGAAUUCGAUGUUGGCUUGUUUUGUUGAAAUAACAACGAAAUUUUCUAAACCUCCACAUGACUUGAAUAAAUUCGACGAUGAACUUGCUAUGGUUGGUUCUAAACUACCUCACGAAGAAUUCAGCGACGUUUGUGGUGUGGCACCAAACCUUGAAAGCGGAAGCAAUGUUGCAAAGCUCCCCCAGGCUGCUGCUGAACGUUUAGAUCCUAUGUCGCGUCCUCUUUUUGACGUAUUUGAACGUAGAAACAUCCCACCAGUAAGAUUUCAACCUACGGAAGCGAAUUGUAAUUUCGGACGUCUGUAUAUCACGAUGGGCGCACAGAAUAUUAAAAAUUGUAGAGAUGAACGCAAUGCAAUUCUUGUAAUCGUAAAGGAUGUGGCUUAUACACGCGGAACGAAUCGAUUGCGGUGCAGUGUGAUCAUUGCGAAACCGUUUGGUGAGCUACGCGAGCUCGAUACGAUUGGGUUUCCGGAAUUACAAGAUGCUCGAUAUUGGACUCGAGUUGCUUUUCUCAGCAGAGUAAACCUUGAUAUCGCAGUGGGCUCAAAAUUCUUUGAUAAAUACUUGCGAACUCCUUUUAAAGUAUCAGAAUACGAUAAAGAAAUUAUUACACCGCAGCAGCACGAAGGGUUUUUGGCAGCUUUGAAUUUGCGACAAGAGGCGAACAGGGUAAACGUACCAAUCGAGAGCUUCGAAUCUCUCGGAAAAUCAAUACAAGUCGACGCAGAAGGAUUCUUUAAACGAGUUUUUCACGUUCCUGGUGAUGAACAAUAUGUCGUGCAAAACUUCAAAGAAAUUUCAAAUGAUACUCUUGAGACCAGGAUUAGGGAAGCAGUUUGCUAUGACAUAGAAGACGAGCUUGUCGGCCUUUCCAUGGUAAGGUAUGGCUAUACGUUGAAGGAGUACGCCUUCAAUACUCGUGCUCCACUCACAGGUGAGCAAAAAUUCAAGCUCAUUCAUGAUAUGAUAAAAGGCAUCAAAGCGCUUCACGACGCUGGAUUUGCACAUCGGGAUCUCUCCGAGGUUAAUAUGAUGGUAAAUUGUACUACCGAACUUUUGUCGGAUGGUAACGCCAAACCUGAACUCGUAAUAAUCGAUUUCGGGAAAGCCGAGUUUAUCAACCGUGAUGAUGUGUUGGCUUGGUCCGUUGGCGAGGUAACAAACGAUAAGUUGGAACAUCUUCCACGGAUUAAGACGGUGCCAGAUCAUGGCUAUAAAUUGUACAGAGAAAUCGUAUCGGAUCCCGUCAAAAUUAAAUUCCAUACAGAAAAGAAUGUUAAAGGGAUGAGAUCGCGAGAGUUAUUGUUAAAGUGUAUAACCGCGUCUCCGCAGGAUCGUUGUACCGCAAAAGAAUUGCUAGAUUGGCUUCUACAAACCAAAGAUGAAUUGAUUUCCGAAUGGGCGAUCUCUGGAAGAAAGAGAAUAAGAAAGCAAUUCUAG